AUGGUUCAAUCUAAUGCGCCAGCCAGUGACGCCAUUAGGUGUCCCUGUUGGAUAUGUCGUAAUAAUUUUUUCCAACCAUUUACUGUUGUGAGGGAUCAUCUGUUCUUGCGAGGGAUUGAUAGAAGUUAUAAUCAAUGGAUAUUUCAUGGAGAAGAUGAUCCUUUUCAAGUGAACCAAUCAGAUGAUGAGGAUGAUGGAGAUGAUUUUGGUGAGUACAUUGAUGACGUUGAUGAGAUGUUAGAUGACAUCCGGGUAGGAUCCUUCGUGGAAGGGGCAACCGGUUUAAAUUCUGAUGGCAGUGACAAUGAUAAUGCAGAACCCAACGUUGGGACUUCAAGACACCAUUCAUUUGAACAUUCCGAUAUUUUCCGAUUACAUGCAUCUUUACUCUGGACUAUAAAUGAUUUUCCUGCAUAUGCCAAUCUUUCUGGGUGGAGCACCAAGGGGAAGUUGGCAUGUCCUGUAUGCACUGUAGAUACUGAUUCUACAUGGUUGGCCUAUGGGCAUAAAUAUUGUUAUAUGGGCCACCGUCGAUGGUUGGCCCCGAAACACCCUUGGAGAAAGAAUAAACGUGCUUUCAAUGGUGCCAACGAGGUUCAAGGUCACCCAGCAAAACUUACGGCCCAAGCUGUUCUUGAAUCAUUACGCAUGGUCUCCAAUGUGCAAUUUGGAAAAAUUUUGCCGAAGAGGAAACGGGCACCACAAGAAUUAAAUUGGACAAAGAAAAGCAUCUUCUUCGAUCUCCCAUACUGGCAAGAUGUGGAAUUGAGGCAUAACCUAGACAUAAUGUAUAUUGAGAAAAACAUAUGUGAUAGCGUAUUGAGCACCUUGCUGAGUAUUGUUGGAAAGAGUAAGGACACUACAAAUGCGCGUAGGGAUUUGGAACAUCUCGAAUUGAGGAAGGAAUUACACUUAUGUCUGGAUGGUGAUCGUUGCCGAAUGAGUCUUGCAUGUUACACACUAAACCAUAAUGAGAGAAUAUCCUUUUGUGAGUGGGUGUCACAAGUUACUUUUCCAGAUGGCUUCGUCUCUAAUAUUGCUCAGUGUGUGAAUAUUCGUGAAGGCAAAAUUAUAAGAAUGAAAAGUCAUGACAGCCACAUUUUUCUCCAACGGUUGCUUUCGGUCGUGAUUGGUGGUUUUCUGCGGCCCAACAUCAAGCUAGCUUUAACCGAGUUAAGUACAUUUUUCAAGGAAUUGUGUGCUCGAACAUUGACUUAUGAAUCAUUGUAUCGGCUCCAGGCAGAUAUUCCUAUCAUCCUAUGUAAACUUGAGAUGAUAUUCCUACCUGCAUAUUUUGAUAUAAUGGUGUACCUUGCUAUUCAUUUACCGGACGAGGCAUUACUUGCUAGACCAGUGCAAUACAGGUGGAUGUAUCCUUUUGAAAGGUACCUGGAGAAGUUCAAGCGUUAUGUCCGGAACAAAGCCCGUCCUAAGAGUUCAAUUGCUGAAAUUCAAGAGAAGCAUGUGAUGGAUCCAGCCAGUGUACCAGAUGAAAUAUAUGCACUUGCAUGUGGUCCCGACAAGUGGGCUGCGUCGUAUGCUGGUUGUAUAAUGAAUAGAAUUAGGUUUCAGACAAAGGAUCGAGAGGGGCACCGACGAACUCAAAAUAGCGGUUUGGUGGUCCGUGGUGAACAUCAAUCAAAUCCCAUUGACUUAUAUGGGGUUUUAAAUGAUAUUAUAGAAUUAAGAUAUAUGGGUUGGCAUAAGGUCUAUUUAUUUCAAUGUGAUUGGUGGGAUGUUAGUGAUAAGCGAAAAGGGAUUCGCGUUGGCGACCAUCUAACAAGCCUGAACACUUCUAGAACGUGGUAUAAAGAUGAGCCUUUUGCUCUAGCUUGCCAAGCCCAGCAGGUGUUUUACUUAAAAGAUAUUAGUGUGGCGGGCAAUUGGUAUGUGGUCCAUAAGAUAAAAAAUAGGAAUGUAUACAACAUUCCUUUAGUUGCGUCGGUUGACGAUGCGAAUGAUGGUGCAGAGUUUGGUGACGAUGACGCUUUCUAG